AUGCGCACGUCUGACAGCCAGUCUCAUCUGUUGCGGUGCUUAGUGUGUAGCCAUCGUUGCACGACAGCAUGCACAUGUCGUUGCACUUUCGGUACGUGUCGCCGCUGAUCGGAAGUGUACCUGGUUCGUGUAAGUAAAUAAUAUCGAUCUUAAUCUUGUAAGUUAACUCAAGUUUUGUUUUUAAUGCAAACGUCAUACAUAAUACAUAUCCUUUUGAAAAAAGCUAAAAUACGUAUGGAACAAAAUGCUCAAUAACGCACUCGCUAAUCAAAAUAUAUUUAACGCCUUCCUUUUAAUAACGAUAUGAAACGCAUCCAAACGAAAUACAUGUGCAAAACCCUCCUGCAUCUUGAAACAUAUUGAUUACCAUUCCCUUUGUUGGUCUCAUGCGUGUCGGCACUUGUGUUCAUCCACCACUUGCUUGGACAAUUCUUAUGCGUCGGUGUGCAUGCAUGACUCGAUGACGUCGCCUCUGGUCGCAUUGCGCAGUCGCAGACUCUGCACUUCCGGUUGUCCACAGCCGACGGCGGGCAGCGGUUUUCUUCAUUUCCGGAAGUGUUUCCAGAAUAUUGGAAAAGGAAUUGUUGAUACGACAUGCCACCUCCUACCGACCGGAGCCCCGGUACGCGAGCGAGGGAACUUCCGGGGUUCCAAGGUUUCUCGGUACAACAGUGGAGAGUUCUUCCGUACUGCCUCUGCUACAGUGUCUGGUGCAACAACUGAGUAUGCUGGGGAAUCAAAGCCCACGAACCGGCCUGCUGUCGUUUGACGAAGCCAUGCUUUGGCGCUCGUUCGACCCGCCGUCACGGACAGUACUGCA